AUGCCUGGUGCAGACCCUGAAACAGAUCCCUGGCAUGAUGCUGAAUGGGACACGGAGGACGAAGCAGCGCCGUUACCCAGAAAGUCAACCACGUACCCACCAAGUCGACGCGACGCGGAACAAUAUGAGCUGCCAGAGAACCUAGAUGAAUGGGCCGUCACCCAUCGGAGAAGAUGGAGGCGCCAUAGGUUGAAGGACGGCGAGACGAUAGACUGGUGGUCUGAGGAUACGGCCGAGCGCGAGCGCUGGAGACAGGUCAUGUCCGGGCGCGGCUUGCGAGGCGUUGUAGCGCCAUUUUGGGACGCCUCGAAGGUCUGGCUUGUGGUGAUCUUCACGGGCAUAGGAGUGGGCGUUGCAGGAGGAUGGCUGGACGUGUUGGUACAGUGGCUGAGUGACUUGAGAGAGGGCCGUUGCGCAUAUGGCUUUUUCUACAACUCAGUUGCCUGCUGUAGUGGACUGGAUCCCGGAGAAGUAUGCCGGGAAUGGAAGACAUGGAGCCAAUAUCUGGGCAUACAUUCACUACUUGGUUCCUCAUUACUCCAAUCACUCAUCUACAUCGGCCUUUCGGUUGCGUUGGCCGCUAGCUCGGCUGUGCUGGUUGUAAUCUACGCACCACAUGCCUUCCACACAGGAAUUCCGGAGAUCAAAGCCAUCCUUGGCGGCUACGUCUUUGACUCCUUCUUGGGUCCUUGGACUCUCCUCAUCAAGGCGCUGGGUCUGGCGUUGUCCGUCGCGUCUGGUCUAUCACUCGGGAAAGAGGGACCUCUGGUUCACGUCUCGUGCUGUUUGGCAUACCUACUAUCUCGACUGUUCGUGCAGUUCAGAACCAAUGAAGCCCAGAAGAGGCGUGUGCUAGCUGCUGCCGCCGCCGCGGGUGUUUCCGUAGCAUUCGGUAGCCCUCUUGGUGGCGUGCUGUUUGGUUUGGAAGAGCUCGACACCUUCGCGAACGAGUCGGACGUCAUGUGGCGCGCCUUUGUCACGUCUUCAAUCGCGGCUAUGAUGCUUCAGUACAUCGAUCCCUUUGGAACGUCUAAGCUUGUGCUCUUCCAAGUUACCAAUGGUGGCGGAGAAGGUGCAUGGCUUGCGUUCGAGCUCAUCCCUUGGCUCUUCCUAGCUGUUAUUGGCGGGUUCCUAGGUCAUCUGCUACUCAGACUGAACGUCGCGAUCGCUGUUUACCGCAAGAAUAGUGUCUUGAGCGAGAUGCCGAUCAUGGAGGUCGUCGGCACGGCGGCGAUCACCGCCGCUGUCAGUUACCUUGUCGUCUUCCUAAGAGUGCAAUCCUCGGAACUCGUUGCCAACCUCUUUCAAGAGUGCGAUCCCGCACGCGGGGACUUCCAUGGACUGUGCAAUCCGUCGGCUAUGUGGGAGAAUGUGUUCUUGCUCCUGCUUACUGCGGUCGUCAAGAUCGCGUUCACUGCAUGGACGUUCGGUAUGAUGGUUCCAGCUGGCAUCUUUCUCCCAACCAUCGCGAUCGGCGCCUGCCUGGGACGGGCCGUGGGCAUGCUCACGGCUGGACUGCAACGCGCGUACCCGAAGGCGUGGAUCUUCGCAGCGUGUCCGCCCGACCCUACAGUCCGUUGCGUCUACCCUGGUUUCUACGCCGUCAUAGGUGCAUCAGCCAUGCUCAGUGGUGUAACUCGUAUGACAGUCUCGCUCGUCAUCAUCGUCUUCGAGCUCACAGGUGCCCUCUCACACGUCCUUCCGAUCAUGAUCGCCGUCAUGGCGGCGAAAUGGACCGCCGACGCGUUCGGCAAGGAGGGCAUAUACUCGCUGUGGAUAGCUAUGCGCCGGUACCCGUGGCUCCAGCCGGUCGACUUCCGUGACAAUGGAGAGACAGCGGCACAGUUCAUGAUUCCCGUUGCGAAUCUUGUUGUCGUGGAGGACGGAGUGACGCUGGAGGAGAUGGGAAGGCUUAUUGUGACUUGGUCGCAUACUGGGUUCCCGGUUGUGAAUAGCGAGAAGAAGUUGGUUGGGUUUGUAGUGCGCGAGAACGUGCGCGAGUUCAUUGAACCGAUACUAGAGGAAGAGGGCUCAGCCCAACGCAGAUGCUCCUUCUCGCCUUCGGCGCCUGAGGGCAGCAUAGACAUGUCUUUACUACUGGAAGACGUGAUGUGCCUACGGAAGGACGUCCCGCUCGAGGUCGUCGUGAACACGCUGAACAAGCUCAGUCUGCGACAUAUCAUGUUCACGGAGGGCGGAGAGCUGGUGGGCAUGUUGACCAAGACGGAUAUCAUCGCGUUGACGACGGCGCACAUGCCUGAGGCGGGUGCGCUAGCUCGAGACGCUGUACCUAGCUAG